AUGGCUGUUGUUUUCAAAGGCUUGAGUUUCCUUGAGACCCUGAAAGAAUCCGUAGACAGCAAUAAGUUAUCAGAUGUCAGGGACGUGGUGGAAGAUCUCUUGAUCAGUAGGAUCAACUUGGCUGUGGUGGGAAACCGCGGUGAUGGAAAAGACUCCUUCAUCAACUCCCUCCGUGGCCUCGGACCUGGAGAUGAGGGGGCAGCUCCUGUCAACCCUGUGGCCUCAGAGGACGUGGCAGGCUACCCUGACCCUAAACACCCGGACUUCCACCUGUGGGACCUGCUGCCUGUGCCUGACACCUCCCCAUUCGAACCUGAGGGAUACAUGGAUAGAGUUAAAUUUGUCCGCUACAACGCUGUCUUCAUGACAUUCACAGAUACGCCCCAUCCCAACAGUGUGCAGGUGUUCUUGGAAGCCUGCUCACUGCAGAGACAAACGGUGUACUGGGUUCACUUAGCUUCUGUAGGAGAUCCAGAGAAGAGCCUGCAAGAGAAGAGGAAAGCCAGUCUGGAAACACUGAGGUCACAGGGUGUGACGCAGCCUAAAGUCUGAGUGGUCAGACCCUCCACCCUGGAGAAGACUGACCUCCCUGGCCUGUUGGACGACUCGGGCGAAGACCUUCCAGAGAUCCAGGCCCAAGCCCUUCUGUUGGCUCUCCCAACGCUCACCUCAGCCCUGGUCUCCCAGAAAAAGGAGGCCUUCAAAGCUCUGGUAUGCGCCGCUGCGUCACUAUCUGGUGGGAUGUCUGCCAUUCCCGUCCCCCUGGUGGCUUCUAUGGUGGUCAUGAGUGUAGCGGUGCGGAUCCUGACGAAAGCACAGUUAAGGGAAGUGAAGCUGGCGACGGCCGAACAGGACUUGGCCACGGUGUCGUCAAAGCUGGUGGAGAUGGCCAUGCCCAGACACGCCCAUUAUGCCAGCCACUCCUUCACCGCCAUGCUGCAAGCUCUGAAUGAUGAAAUGGCGGCCGAUGGCGUGAAGAUCGUGGCUGCAGCUCUCGGGGGGAGGGAGUGA